AGCCCUGCCGCCGCUCUCGGGCUACGGUCGGGUUUCGCGCGCCGUCUUCUCGUGAGGGGCCUCGCGCCGCCCGGCGCACGCCGUCCCCCUGCCUCGCGGCGCGGGGUCUCGCGGGCCCCGCUCCCGCCCUCCGCUUGCCUGGCCCGGACCGGAAGCGGCGCCGCACGGCCUGGGCCUGGCGCGGGGGGCGGGCACCGGGGCCCGGUCGGAUAUGGGCAAGAAGCACAAGAAGCACAAGUCGGACAAACAUCUCUAUGAGGAGUAUGUAGAGAAGCCCUUGAAGCUGGUCCUCAAAGUGGGAGGGAACGAGGUCACCGAGCUCUCCACGGGCAGCUCGGGGCACGACUCAAGCCUCUUCGAAGACAAAAACGAUCAUGACAAACACAAGGACAGAAAGCGGAAAAAGCGAAAGAAAGGAGAGAAGCAGCUUCCAGGGGAAGAAAAGGGAAGAAAACGGAGACGAGUAAAGGAGGAUAAAAAGAAGCGAGAUCGGGACCGUGUGGAGAAUGAGGCAGAAAAAGACCUCCAGUGCCAGGCCCCUGUAAGAUUAGACUUGCCUCCUGAGAAGCCUCUUGCAAGCUCUUUAGCCAAACAAGAAGAAGUAGAACAGACACCCCUUCAAGAAGCUUUGAAUCAACUGAUGAGACAAUUACAGAGAAAAGACCCAAGUGCUUUCUUUUCAUUUCCUGUGACUGAUUUUAUUGCUCCCGGCUACUCCAUGAUCAUUAAGCACCCAAUGGAUUUUAGCACCAUGAAAGAAAAGAUUAAGAACAAUGAUUACCAGUCCAUAGAAGAACUAAAGGAUAACUUCAAACUAAUGUGUACUAAUGCUAUGAUUUACAACAAACCUGAGACCAUUUAUUAUAAAGCUGCAAAGAAGCUGUUGCACUCAGGGAUGAAAAUUCUUAGCCAGGAGAGAAUUCAGAGCCUGAAGCAGAGCAUAGAAUUCAUGGCAGACUUGCAGAAAAGUCGAAAGCAGAAAGAUAGAACAGACACCUCGCAGAGUGGGGAGGACAGCGGCUGCUGGCCGAGAGAAAGGGAAGACUCUGGAGAUACUGAAGCACAAGCCUUCAAGAGUCCCAAUAAGGAAAACAAAAAGAAAGACAAAGAUACACUUGAAGAUAAAUGUAAGAGCAAUACUAUAGAAAGAGAGCAGGAGCAGAUAGACCGCAUCGUUAAGGAAUCUGGAGGGAAGCUGACCAGGCGGCUUGUUAACAGCCAGUGUGAGUUUGAAAGGAGAAAACCAGAUGGAACAACAACACUGGGGCUUCUCCAUCCUGUGGAUCCCAUUGUAGGAGAACCAGGCUACUGCCCCGUGAGAUUGGGAAUGACAACUGGAAGGCUUCAGUCUGGAGUGAAUACUUUGCAGGGGUUCAAGGAAGACAAAAGGAACAAAGUCACUCCAGUGUUAUACUUGAAUUACGGGCCCUACAGUUCUUAUGCUCCACAUUAUGACUCCACAUUUGCAAAUAUUAGCAAGGACGAUUCGGAUCUGAUCUAUUCAGCCUAUGGGGAAGACUCUGACCUUCCCAGUGAUUUCAGCAUCCAUGAGUUUUUGGCCACGUGCCAGGAUUAUCCUUACGUGAUGGCGGACAGUUUACUGGAUGUUUUAACAAAAGGAGGCCAUUCUAGAACCCUGCAAGAGUUGGAGAUGUCAUCACCUGAAGAUGACGGCCAGACUGGGAGCCUUGACUCUGAAAAAGAAAUGGAGAUUACAGAAAUAGAGCCAGCGGGGCAUUUAGACUCCAACAGUCGGGACCGGCUCACAGCACUGAAAGCAGUAACAAAUUUUGGUGCUCCUGUUGAAGUUUUUGACUCUGAGGAAGCUGAAAUGUUCCAGAGGAAACUUGAUGAGACCACCAGAUUGCUCCGAGAGCUCCAGGAAGCCCAGAAUGAGCGUCUGAGCACCAGACCCCCUCCCAACAUGAUCUGUCUCCUGGGUCCAUCGUACAGGGAAAUGCAUCUCGCUGAACAGGUGACCAACAAUCUGAAAGAACUUGCACAGCAAGUCACUCCAGGCGACAUCGUCAGCACGUACGGAGUUCGAAAAGCAAUGGGGAUCUCCAUCCCCUCCCCCAUCGUGGAAAACAGCUUUGUAGAUUUAACAGAAGAUUUUGAAGAACUGAAAAGGACUGGUGUUGCCGAGUGUGGACCUGAUGGGAUUUGAAGCUCACUGGUAUUUCAUUAUAUAUUAUGUACAUAUUUUUUUUCAUUCUUAACUUGGAAAUGCUUUUCAGAAGAUAUUAAAUAUUUGUAAAUUGUGUUUUUAAUUAAACUUUGGAACAAUUAAUUUUAAUGUUCCAGAGAUUGGACUUGUAUUAGGUAAUAAAGCUGAGCCUGGGACUAUGA